CCCAGGCUGACCAGGCUGACUGUCAUUGGCUAACAGUGUUGCUAAGGCCCGCCCACAGAGUGAGCCAGAUGUGUUCCUGUGUGCAGAAGACUUUGUUGUCACUGUGGUGAACAUGGACUAUGGGAUGAAUCAGCGGAAUCCCAUUAAUAAUAUGCAUUUCUACUGUAAGAAUGACCCCACCAGAGCCUUUAAGAUCAGUAAAAACCAGGUCUCCCAACUGCUGCCUGAGAAAUUUGCAGAGCAGCUGAUCCAGGUCUACUGCAGAAAGACUGACAACAGGAGUCUGGAAAUGGCCAGGAAGUACUUUGUGCAGUGGUGCAUCAAUGAAGACUUCACCAAGCCCCAGGAUGGCGAUGUGACGGCCCCCGAGCUUACCCCUCUGAAACAGAGCUGGGUUGUUGACAAAGAUGAAGAAGACGAUGAGGAUGAGGAAGAGAGGAGAUGGAAGGUGCAUCCCAGUGAGAAGGUGGAAAAGGUGAAACACAAGCUCUUCUAAGAUGGCUGGGCCUCAGGAGGAUGGCAGGAGAAUGUUUAUUUCUUUCGAGGGGGUAGAAUGUGACAAAUCCAAAUAAGUGAUUGCUGUUAAUGUUGUGCUAAAUGAUUUUAGAAAGAGGCCUGACUGAUGUACUGGAAAGACAGAUUUUCUCCUCUCAACCAGAGCUUUCUGAUAAUGGGU